AUGACCACGUUGGCCGCGGAGAUCAGGAACAGACUGAAGGAAGAUCGCAGAGAGAUGGAAGCCAUGCUGCUAGAAAUUGACGAUAAGACGAACGAAGGGGACGAUGACACCGUUACGAUGUUGGAUCGACACUACUCGGAAGAGGCGACGAAGCUACUCCGACUGGACGUCACUCAGGCCCUCGAGAGGCUCCUACAGAGUGUGGAAGAUGCCCAUAAGGAUAUCCUCUGUUCGAUCACGACAGACAGUGACAGAGCUGAGGAAGUUACUAAGGUCAAGGAGGAGCUGGCUACGGCACUUGCUGCAUGCGUGGAGUUGCAGCAGUCGGAGAAAAGUAGAUUCCUCGAGGCAAUCGAGUCUCUCUCUGCGGAGGUGGAUACACGUAUAAAGAAAGAAGUCGAAUUGGCUGAGGCGUCGCGGGUCUGUACAGAGCGUGCUAUGCUAGAUGAUCAGCUUGAGCUUAUCCGGGAUGUCAGUGAUGAGUCGAUCGAUGCUCAUAAAAAGCAGCUGAUGCAGCUCGUGAAAGAUAUUGGUGCAGCUUUCAAAGGAGCGAAUGCUUCUAAUAGGAAGGUCGAUACGGCAGUAAAUGAGAUCGCAAAACGGUUGGAAGAGACCUACAAGGAGCAGAUUUCGGUUUUACGACAGGAGAUGGAAGAGUACCAUAAGUCAGAGAUGGAAGCAGCUGCCAACGAACUACAAGACAUUUUCUCAUCCGAAGUCUGUCUGUUACAAGAGCAGCUCACAUAUGUAAUGACGGAACGUGAUGAGAUUCAAGCGAAGUUGCUGAAUGCGCACGGAGAAACCCAAGAGAAGAUUGACAAUUUUGUAGCAGAACUCGCCAAAGCCGUUGAAACGAAGCUGAAUGAGGCGAUCGAAGAUUUGGAGUGCAGAUUCACCCGUUUCUGUGAGUGCCAAGUGGACGAGGCGGCCGCAGCUAACGAGGCAUGGGAUGACGAGCGAAGGGAGUUGCUCGCGCAGAUACGGCAUUUGAAACUCAGCAUGACCACGCAAACGCCUGUCAGCAACAAGGGACAACACAUCGUCAGUGCUAUUGAGAAUGCUCUAUUGGAAGGCAAAGACGUCGCCGACGUAUACGCGAGGGAAGCGAAGAGGCUGAUAGACCGACUGCCGAUCCUCAAGCUAAUCGCUCAGCGUGAAUAUUUGUCUUGCAAAAGAGGCCUCGCUAGCGAUGGCUCGGUGGAAGAUGAAGAAGACGUGGAAAAGAUUGACAAAGAAAUCUUGAAGACCAUCGACGUGUAUGAGGCGAAGUACGAUGAAUCCUUCAUAGUUGGUGAUCGAGUCUAUCGAGACAUGCUUUCUAAUUGA